UCCGCCGCCGGCCGGGCGCGCCCCCGCCCCAGUGCCCGCGCGUGCGCGCCCCCGCCACCGCGUGUGAGUGUGAGUGUGAGUGAGUGUGAGUGGGUGUGGGUGCGAGCCGGGCCGCCGACGAUGCCGCGGGGCCGCCCCCCGAAGCCCAGGGAGAGCAAGGCGCGCGGCGACUCCGAUGGAGUUUUAACAUUGAAUGCGGAGAACACUAAUUAUGCCUAUCAAGUUCCAAACUUCCAUAAAUGUGAAAUCUGUCUGCUAUCUUUUCCAAAAGAAUCCCAGUUUCAACGCCACAUGAGGGAUCACGAGCGAAAUGACAAGCCACAUCGAUGUGACCAGUGCCCCCAAACAUUUAAUGUUGAAUUCAACCUGACACUUCAUAAAUGCACUCACAGCGGGGAAGAUCCCACCUGCCCUGUGUGUAACAAGAAAUUCUCCAGAGUGGCUAGUCUCAAAGCGCAUAUUAUGCUACAUGAAAAGGAAGAGAAUCUCAUCUGUUCUGAGUGCGGGGAUGAGUUCACUCUGCAGAGUCAGCUGGCCAUGCACAUGGAGGAGCACCGUCAGGAGCUGGCUGGAACCCGGCAGCAUGCCUGCAAGGCCUGCAAGAAAGAGUUUGAGACUUCCUCGGAGCUGAAGGAACAUAUGAAGACUCAUUACAAAAUUAGGGUAUCAAGUACAAGGUCUUAUAACCGGAACAUCGACAGAAGUGGGUUUACGUAUUCGUGUCCGCACUGUGGAAAGACGUUUCAAAAGCCAAGCCAGUUAACGCGACACAUUAGGAUACACACAGGUGAAAGGCCGUUUAAAUGUAGUGAAUGUGGAAAAGCUUUUAACCAGAAGGGGGCACUGCAGACCCACAUGAUCAAGCACACAGGUGAAAAACCCCACGCCUGUGCCUUCUGUCCUGCUGCCUUCUCUCAGAAAGGGAAUCUUCAGUCGCACGUGCAGCGAGUCCACUCAGAGGUAAACACGGGCUGGGGCAUAAGCAGUACUUCACAGGGGACAGUAGGUAGCUUUUGGGAUAAUACAUGGACCCGAGAAAUUGCCACACUCUUUCAGACGUUACCUCUUCAACAGACGGAAGCCCAAGCCACGUCAGCCUCCAGCCAGCCGAGCUCCCAGGCGGUGAGCGACGUCAUCCAGCAGCUCCUGGAGCUCUCGGAGCCAGGGCCGGUGGAGUCGGGUCAGUCCCCGCAGCCCGGGCAGCAGCUGAGCAUCACAGUGGGCAUCAACCAGGACAUUUUACAGCAAGCCUUAGAAAACAGUGGGCUGUCUUCAAUUCCAGUUGCAGCACAUCCUAAUGACUCCAGCCAUGCCAAGACUUCUGCAACACAGGUUCAAAACCCAGAUGUUUCCAGUGUUUCAAAUGAGCAGACGGACCCUACAGACGCAGAGCAAGAAAAAGAACAGGAUAGCCCAGAGAAACUGGAUAAAAAAGAAAAAAAAAUGAUAAAGAAGAAAUCACCAUUUCUACCCGGCUCCAUCCGGGAGGAGAACGGCGUGCGAUGGCACGUGUGUCCCUACUGCGCCAAGGAGUUCCGCAAGCCCAGCGACCUGGUGCGCCACAUUCGCAUCCACACCCACGAGAAGCCCUUUAAGUGCCCGCAGUGCUUCCGUGCCUUCGCCGUGAAAAGCACGCUGACGGCCCACAUCAAGACGCACACCGGCAUCAAGGCGUUCAAGUGCCAGUACUGCAUGAAGAGUUUCUCCACCUCGGGCAGCCUCAAGGUGCACAUCCGCCUGCACACAGGAGUUAGACCUUUUGCUUGUCCUCACUGUGACAAAAAAUUUCGAACCUCAGGCCAUAGGAAGACUCACAUUGCUUCCCACUUUAAACAUACGGAAUUAAGGAAAAUGAGGCACCAGCGAAAACCUGCAAAGGUUCGUGUUGGCAAGACGAACGCUCCAGUCCCUGAUAUUCCUUUGCAGGAACCGAUCCUCAUAACUGACUUAGGUCUUAUCCAGCCCAUUCCAAAAAACCAGUUCUUCCAAAGCUAUUUUAAUAAUAAUUUUGUAAAUGAAGCAGAUAGACCAUACAAGUGUUUUUACUGUCAUCGUGCAUAUAAAAAAUCUUGCCACCUUAAACAACAUAUCAGAUCCCAUACAGGUGAAAAACCUUUUAAAUGUUCUCAGUGUGGAAGAGGCUUUGUUUCUGCAGGCGUGCUCAAAGCGCAUGUCCGAACACACACGGGACUGAAAUCUUUCAAGUGUCUGAUAUGUAAUGGGGCUUUCACUACUGGUGGCAGCUUACGGCGACACAUGGGUAUCCACAACGACCUUCGUCCCUAUAUGUGUCCCUAUUGCCAAAAAACAUUUAAGACUUCGCUAAAUUGCAAAAAGCACAUGAAAACCCACAGAUAUGAACUUGCCCAGCAGCUCCAACAGCAUCAGCAGGCAGCCUCGAUAGACACCAGCACUGUGGACCAGCAGAGCAUGCAGGCCUCCACUCAGAUGCAAGUGGAGAUCGAGAGCGACGAGCUGCCGCAGACAGCGGAGGUGGUGGCAGCGAACGCCGAGGCCAUGCUAGACCUGGAGCCUCAGCAUGUGGUGGGCACAGAGGAAGCAGGGCUGGGCCAGCAGUUGGCAGAUCAGCCUCUGGAAGCAGAUGAAGAUGGGUUUGUGGCUCCACAGGACCCUCUGCGAGGGCCCAUAGAGCAGUUUGAAGAGCAGACCCCUGCGCAGCAGUCCUUCGAACCAGCAGGGCUGCCCCAAGGUUUUACAGUGACUGAUACAUACCAUCAGCAGCCUCAGUUUCCACCUGUCCAGCAGCUACAGGAUUCCAGCACACUUGAGUCUCAGGCCCUCUCCACGAGCUUCCACCAGCAGAGCUUGCUGCAGGCACCCAGCUCUGAUGGGAUGAGUGUAACAACUCGCUUGAUUCAGGAGUCAUCCCAGGAGGAGCUGGACCUACAGACGCAAGGUUCCCAAUUUCUAGAGGACAGCGAGGACCAGAGCAGGCGCUCUUACAGGUGUGACUAUUGCAACAAAGGCUUUAAGAAGUCCAGCCACUUGAAGCAGCAUGUGCGGUCGCACACAGGGGAGAAGCCCUACAAGUGCAAGCUCUGUGGACGUGGCUUUGUUUCCUCCGGGGUCCUCAAGUCCCACGAGAAGACACACACAGGAGUGAAGGCAUUCAGCUGUGGCGUGUGCAGUGCCUCCUUCACCACCAAUGGCAGCCUCACCCGGCACAUGGCCACACACAUGAGCAUGAAGCCUUAUAAAUGUCCAUUUUGUGAGGAGGGUUUCCGAACUACAGUGCAUUGUAAAAAGCACAUGAAGAGACACCAAACGGUCUCCUCUGCUGUGUCAACCACUGCAGAGACAGAAGGAGGAGACAUUUGUAUGGAGGAGGAGGAAGAGCAUCCCGACAGAAAUGUGUCACGGAAGUCUCGUCCUGAGGUCAUCACUUUCACAGAGGAAGAGACAGCCCAGUUAGCCAAGAUCCGUCCGCAGGAGAGUGCCACCGUGUCAGAGAAGGUCCUGGUGCAGUCUGCAGCAGAAAAGGACCGUAUCAGCGAGCUGAGGGACAAGCAGGCGGAGCUGCAGGACGAGCCCAAGCAUGCCAACUGCUGCACCUACUGCCCCAAGAGCUUCAAGAAGCCCAGCGACCUGGUGAGGCAUGUUCGAAUCCAUACUGGAGAAAAGCCAUACAAAUGUGAUGAAUGUGGAAAGAGUUUUACUGUGAAAUCCACUCUUGAUUGCCAUGUGAAGACUCACACAGGUCAGAAGCUCUUCAGCUGUCACGUCUGCAGCAACGCCUUCUCCACAAAGGGAAGUCUGAAGGUCCACAUGCGUCUGCACACGGGAGCCAAGCCCUUCAAAUGCCCGCACUGUGAGCUGCGUUUCCGUACCUCGGGUAGAAGGAAGACGCACAUGCAGUUUCAUUAUAAACCAGACCCGAAGAAGGCCAGAAAGCCUGUGACUCGAAGUUCGUCAGAAGGACUGCAGCCCGUCAGCCUCCUCAACUCCUCCUCCACCGACCCCAGCGUGUUCAUCAUGAACAACUCUGUUCUAACAGGACAGUUCGAUCAGAAUCUGCUGCAACCAGGGCUGGUGGGCCAAGCUAUUCUUCCCGCCUCCGUGUCAGCUGGGGGUGACCUGACGGUGUCUCUGACAGAUGGGAGUCUGGCUACCCUAGAAGGCAUCCAGUUACAGUUGGCUGCUAACUUGGUUGGACCAAAUGUACAGAUUUCUGGAAUUGAUGCCACCAGCAUUAAUAACAUUACAUUGCAGAUUGAUCCGAGCAUUCUGCAGCAGACAUUACAGCAGGGCAACCUGCUGGCUCAGCAGCUCACGGGGGAGCCUGGCCUGGCCCCACAGAACAGCUCUCUCCAGACAUCGGAUAGCACAGUCCCCGCCAGUGUUGUCAUCCAGCCCAUCUCAGGCCUGUCCUUACAGCCCACGGUGACCUCUGCGAAUCUGACCAUAGGCCCGCUGUCUGAGCAGGAUUCCGUGCUGACCACUAACAGCAGUGGGACCCAAGACCUCACUCAAGUGAUGACUUCGCAAGGUCUGGUAUCCCCCUCCAGCGGUCCGCACGAGAUCACCCUGACCAUUAACAACUCCAGCCUGAGCCAGGUCCUGGCACAGGCCGCUGGGCCCACGGCCACGUCUUCCUCGGGGUCUCCACAGGAAAUUACCUUGACUAUCUCCGGUUCCAGGUCUGUGCAGCACAGUGUGGGAGUCCAGGAGUGUGGAUCAGUGGAGGCAUUGUAUUUGGAGAACCCCAGUUACAAUUCUGAAAUAGUACGAAUCUUUUGCCAGGGUCAGCAGUUCCCAGCACUCCUCACGGAUCCCUCUCUCUCCGGCCAGGGUGGAGCAGGCUCACCACAAGUCAUACUAGUGAGCCACACGCCACAGUCUGCAUCUGCUGCGUGUGAAGAAAUAGCCUACCAGGUAGCUGGCGUCUCUGGAAACCUGGCCCCGGGCAGCCAGCCAGAGAAGGAGGGCCGGGCCCACCAGUGCCUGGAAUGUGACCGCGCCUUCUCAUCGGCGGCGGUGCUGAUGCACCACAGCAAGGAGGUGCACGGCCGGGAGCGCAUCCACGGCUGCCCCGUGUGCAGGAAGGCCUUCAAGCGCGCCACGCACCUCAAGGAGCACAUGCAGACGCACCAGGCCGGCCCCUCUUUGAGCUCCCAGAAGCCAAGAGUGUUUAAAUGCGACACUUGUGAGAAGGCGUUUGCCAAACCAAGCCAGCUGGAGCGCCACAGCCGCAUCCACACAGGGGAGCGGCCAUUCCAUUGCACGCUUUGUGAGAAAGCCUUCAACCAGAAGAGCGCGCUGCAGGUGCACAUGAAGAAGCACACGGGGGAGCGGCCCUACAAGUGCGCCUACUGCGUCAUGGGCUUCACACAGAAGAGCAACAUGAAGCUGCACAUGAAGCGGGCGCACAGCUAUGCUGGAGCUCUGCAGGAGCCUGCAGGUCACCCGGAGCAGGACGGAGAGGAGCUGAGCCGGACCCUCCACCUGGAGGAGGUGGUGCAGGAGGCCGCGGGCGAGUGGCAGACCCUCACCCACGUCUUCUGAUGCGAGUCGCAAGUACACCUUUCAGAACGUUUCUGAAGUUACAUUUUGUGAAGAACAAAGCACUUGGAAUCUCUGUUUUAAAGCUUCAAGUGUUAAAAACGUUACCACAAUAGUUUUUUAGCUAUAAAAUUAUCUAAAGAAUCAUUGUCUUUCAGAGACUCAUAGGAAAAAAACUGGGAAAAGUGUCACCGCAUUGUUCUCUCGUCUACAAAUCACUGAACUCAGGUACUACGGUGGGCAGUUUCCUCCUCAGUCUCCUCCGCGGCCAGUGCGUCUAGUCCACAAAGCAAUUAACUGAGUCUUACUAUCAUUGUAGUGUGAUUUCUUUGUAUUAGCAAAGACAAAAAAGCUAACAUGGCAAAAGUAUGUCAGAUUUUCCUUCACGCUUCCGGUUAUGAGAAGCAUAGCUUACAAAGCAAGUGUAAGAUUGGUGCAUGAAGUUCAGAAGAAAAUGUUCCAACACACAGGGAAGUUUUUUCCACUCUUUUCUCUGUGCAUUUUGAAAAUUAGUAAACAUUGACUCUUUUUAGUCUACCGUAAGUUGCUAUAACUGAUACCUUGAGAGAUGGCUGGCCCAGUUCUCUCUCCAUGGCAAAUAUUUAAUCAUUAGUUACAAGAAUGCAGUAUCUGGGGUGUCAACACAGGGACUUGAGUAAACUUGACCCAAAAGUAAGGAUUCAGCUGUCCACAUGGGCUGAUGACAUGCUUAUUGCAUCAAUCUAUGAUCAGGUACAGGGGAUAGAUCAUCGCAGAAGCACAAGCCAUACAUCGCAAGUAGGAAAUCACAGAAUUGUCUGCUAGGAACAGGUAACCGUGGCCCUGUCCACCUCAACAAAUAAGAAGCAUAUUUGUAGCUUAUGGCUAAGAAUCCAUAAAAACCCCAUGACUUUCUCUUUGUGCAUAAACAGAUGUAUUUUUGAUUUCAGGGAAUUCUUCAGUAUCGUCAAUGGUGCCACAUUAAACAUGCCCCAAACCAAACCCCACCCAUGCUGGGCAGAGUGCGUCCACACCAUUCCUACAGCAUUCCAAAGAUGGAAGGUUCUUUACUUCAUGUUGAUUUUUCCUUUGAAAUUAUUUAUAUGUUCUAUAUAUAAAUACAUAUGUACAUAGACAGAUAUAUGGGCCUCUGUGUGGCUGAACAGUAUAUUUUGUAAAUAUAAGUACUAGUCCUAAUUGCAGAAAGAGUGUCUGAGUUUCACCUCACCACGAGCACUUCAGAUCAGUAUUGUAUUCAUUUUAUUAAUAAAUGGAUAUCGUUUUCAUUGUAAUAUAAAGCUGGGUUUUAUUUUUUUUCCUGAAAAAUAAUUGCCUUUAUUUUCUCUCAUUGCCUCCUUGGUUUCAGAAGAGAGUAGUUUUAUUAUAAAUAUUGUAUGGACUUUGAAUAUUAAGAGAGGAGCUCAUUUCAGAUUCCUAAAGAAGUAGACAUUUUACUGUGAUUUUGAAAGGGCGUCUUUUGAUUUUUGCUGUUGCUCACUUUUGGCAUAUGUAUAUAAGUACUAUUGAUGGUGAUAUGAAAACUUUUGUUAUGUGAAAAUAUUUAAGUCAGAAAAUUGUUAAAUAAUAUUACUUCUUUUCCAAACUGCUUUGUCUAUUGUAUAUUUUUUUAAGAAAAAGAAAAGCCUUAUUUGACUUAUUCUUGUGAUACUGGACUUACCAAUCCCGAGGUUUCCUUCCUUGAAUGUCUGUGUGUGAACCUGCCUGUAGUUGGCAUAUUCAGAAUAAUUGUAAUUGUGCUAGAGUUUUGAAGGUUCUGCUUUUAAUGCACUUUUUAUUUUAUAAUUUUGUAUUGAAAUAUUUUAGAAAUGUUGAUUAGUUUUGGUGAACAAAUAUCCCCAAAGUUUAAAUUACUGGAAUUUUAAAUUUUUGUUCUUGCUGGGUUAUUUAUUUGGAUUUUAGCAUUAAAUGUCAUCUCAGGACAGCUCUAAAAGGGGUUGUUUAAUUCCUAAUUGUAUAGAAAACAUAGUUUGGUGAAUUGUAUUGGUUAAUUAACUAUUUAAGGCCUUAACAGGUGAAUCUAGAGCCAAGUUUUAUUUUGGUUAAAGAAAAAGAAAAUAUCAAUAAUUUAAUUUUGUGUCUUCUCUGAAUUUAUUAGCAGGCAAACAUAAGACAUUUUAUGUAUUAUUUUGAUUUACUUCCUAAUUAUAAAAGAUGCUUUUUUUGCAGAACAUUCCUUGAAAAUAUAAGGUUUUGAAAGGACAUAAUUUUACUUGAAUCUAUGUGGGGUACAGGUUGAUCUUUAUAUUUUACUGGCUGUUUUAAAAAUUCUAGAAAAGAGAUUUCUAGCCUCACGUAUAACCAGGGUUUUGAGGAUAAAGAACUGUAUUUUUAGAACUAUCUCAUCAUAGCAUAUCUGCUUUGGAAUAACUAUAAAUAAAAAAUGAAGUUAGGA